UGGGCCACCAUGUCGUUUCCAGUGAUUAUUUUUAUUUAAGUUACGGAUUAUGGGUGCUGGGCAUUGUGUGGUGGUAUUUGGUUAUACUUGUUUUGUUUUAAGGCAAAAAAAUAAACUAAUUCAAAUAUAUUAAAUUUUUUAUUUGUAUAUUAAAUGCAUUCAAUGUAAUUAUUUUAUUUUAAUCUUGAUAUUUACAAUUAUCAGUCUGAAAAUUGAAAUACACGAAAAUUUUCGUAUUUCAAAAGAGAAUUUUUGUACAGUGGUUUGGUAACGGUUACGACACGUGUGAUCCAAUGAGAUUCGAGUUUUUUGCUUGGUGAUUUUGUUUAAAAUAACUGCGAAAUUGCGGAAAUUUGCAUCAUUCUUGUGAAAUGCAGGUGUAGAAAAUUUUGUUUGCAAAAUAAAUUUUUCUAACUAUAAAACCUUCCUGAAGAAGUUAUAAGAUUAAUAUUUAAAAGUAUUUUUUCUGCGAAGCGUUGUUUUAUUGCUGUAGGUGUACAGUUGUAACAAUUUAUAAUGUCUGCUACAUCCUUAGAAACAGUACAAAGCUCUAAGGUGUGUAUUUAGACGUAUGAGAGAAAACUGAUUUUAUUAUUGAAUAAUGAAUCAUGUUAAGUAGAUGUUCAUGGUUUAAAUUGAUUUAAUAUUGUUGAGAUGUACAGUAAAUCAUCUCUGCUCAUUGUUAGAUUCAAGAAUGUGUUCAUUGUUGGGUUUAAUUAUGUUUACAUUGUUAAGUUUUUAAAUAUAAGCCAUCUUACUAGGCUUUAAUUUUAUUUUUUAAUUAACAUUCCAAAAUUGUUGGCAGAGUUGACCAUGCUACAAUUUAGUAAAAAAAAUGGCAUGUGUAUUAGUUAACUUUUCAUGAUGGUGAAGUUUUGCACAUGCACUUAAAUAAAUUAAGUGGCCAGUCAAAUGUACAAGAAUAUGUUAUUUAAAUUUCUUUAACAGAAUAUUUGAUUUUAGGAGUUUUGCGGGCCCCAGUGACUGCAGAACUAUCUGUCUUGUUCAUGCAAAAAAUUGUUUCAAUCAGCAUGUCAAAUAUUGCAUAUGUACGCCGAUUGUGUAAUGAUGACAGUUUCAAUGAGAGAGAGAUCCAUGGAGUUAAUAUAAAGAUUCUGAGGGAUGACAUAUGUGAAAAUGGAUACAAGAUAGUUACAUGGCUGAAAGGUGCUUUUGAUGCUCUUCACAAACAAUAUUUGAGAAUGUUAAUCUUUGCCGUGCACACGGGGUCAUUAAACUCUCCUGUUCUUGAGACAUACUCAUAUGAGUUUACGUACUUCAACGAUCAAGAGCUACAGUGUGUAGUAAGAAGUACCGGUUCAGCAUCAGAAGGGACAUCCAGCAAGUAUACGGUCAAGAGGGACAUUUACAACCCAGAGGAAAUUGAAAAAAUGACAAGGCGCCUUUUUGAAUCGUGCCAGGAUAUACGAAAAAUACUGAAGCCUCUGCCAGAAGAAAAGCUGUUAUCAAUGAAGUUGCUAUACUAUGAUAAUGUGACUCCUAAAGACUACGAACCACCCGGCUUUGUGGCGGCAAACAGCUCGACCUUCAAGUAUGCCUGUGAGAGGACGCCAAAAAAGAUCAGACUUGGCUAUGUCGCAACCGAGUUCCACGCCACCAAAGUCCGUCUGCAGUCGACUCUCGUGACAGAUGGGAAAGACACUAUGAUUGAAGAAGGGGGCCAGAGCCCAGAUGAGAUUGUUUCAGAAGUCUCAGAAGAUGUGAUUCCUGCAACUCCCGAACACAGGAGGUUAUCCGUAGUGUCUCCAGCUCAAGCCGAAUCUGCAGUUUUUGCUACUACUGCGUCGUUUCUCCGAGUUAGCAGUCACAUAGUUUCUGCCCAGACUGUCACAGAGCCGGAGAGUCGUACAGCAGGUGUUUCAAGCCCACAGCCAGACUCGCAUCAGUUUGCCGUACCACAGCCUCUAACGAAGAGAAACGGAACGAGUAUCUCCAGUGAUGAUGAAAGUCGUAGAUCCAUCGUCCUUGGCGAUGGCAAUGUGCCAGCAGUGGCAAAGAAACAGAAACUGCCGACUAGUGAAAAAGGAAAUGAUGAUGGAGAACCUCCGAUAAAGAAGAAAGCGGUGAAAAUUUCUACAAAGAAAAAUGGAAAGAAAAAUGGAAAGGGCAGACCUGGGCGGAAAGUCAAGGAAGACAAGGAAAAUGUCAAUAGCUCGACUACAACAGCAACGGAUGGUCGCAAUGGCAUCCCUGCUCGAAUGAAGGAUGUUGCAAAUGUACCUGUUCCAGUCGACAUGACUUCCCCGACUGUCACCGGAAAAGAGAGACGUGACAGUGAGAAGAGGGAAGAAGCACCCUGUGACAUGGGCAGUGAUGUGCAAGACAAAGCAGUUGUUCACCCUUUGUCUUUGACGAAGCAGAAAACCAAUCAGGCAAAACCUGCAAAGUCGUCUGUCGGAAACAUCUGUGUAAACAUACUGGAUGUAUCAACUUCUUCUUCGAUGGUUACGGUGGAGAAGGAAGUGAUAUGUUGCUGCAACAGCUCCCUGGAGUUCGACCUCAUGAUACGCUGCGAGGUUUGCAUGACGUGGCAGCACAGUGUGUGCUACGGCAUAUUGGACAGCAACUCAUCGAACUUCAUCGAACAUCACUGCUGUGUUCAGUGCGCUGUUGCCGAUGACCCUUCACGGCAGUGUACAGAUCAGGCUCUUUUCCGACAAAAAGAAGAAACCAGGAAGGUGCUGUGCGUGUUCCGCCGCGCGCUGCAGCUGUGCCACCGGCUGCCCACCGUCACCAGAGCCGUGCUGCAGGAGGAGUUGGAGCUGGCGGACGACGUCGCGGCUCGCCUGGUCGCCGAGCUUAAGGACAAGGACAUCAUCAGGGGCUCGGGCCCCAGGAGGUGAGCCCUCGGGCCCCGAAGGCCCGAGCCAACGAAUUAUGACUUGAGUUUUCUUCAUAAUUUAAUUGAAAAAAAUAUAAUUCAUUGUCCACUCUAAAAUCUCAGCAUAUAGUGGACUCCCAACACACACAAUUUUAAAUAUUGAUGAUUCUGUUGUACACAAACAUGUACUUGAACAAAUUAAUAUUUUCGUUUACAAUUA